GCCUUUGGCGCAAGGUCGCCAUCUUGAUCGUACUUCGUCAGUCGUAAGUUUUGCACGCGGGGAAUGACGACGCGAGGAUGGGUCUGCCAUCUCUGCACGAAGAUGAACCCUGUCACACACGACGGUCCUUGCUUGUGCUGUGGACGGCCUCGGCGCCACGCAGUCAAGAGCCUCGCCAAGAAAGCAACGACGAAAGCGCUUCUGCUGCAUGCGGACCUCUCCAAGCAUACGCGACCCGAGCAAGUUGCCGACAUGGUGGAGCACGGCUUUGACGUGAAUGAGCUCAGCUCGGAAGGCUACACGGUGUUGCACUGUGCGGCACGGCAUGGACAAGCUGGCAUUGUUCGUGAGCUGUUGCGCUUUGGCGCAGACACUGAGAUCGAGGCGACGGGAGGCCGGCGCGCUCUGCACUACGCAGUUGAGUCAGGGUCUAUGGAAACUGUGCAAGAGCUUGUGAGCCGCGGUGCACUGCCCUCGCCAGCGACCAAUGGCGACGCGCUCACGCCCCUGCAUAUCGCAGGCCAAAUGGGGCAUCACAAGAUUGCCGACGUACUUCUUCGAGCCGGUGCACGUCUCGGGGCUGUGACCAAACACAUGCGUCAAACGGCUUUGCACCUUGCUGCGGAGGCAGGUCACAUCGAGUGCGUCCGAGUUUUCAUGCGCUAUGAUCUCGAGGGCGACGUCGUGGGCGCGGUGGAUGCAAGCGGGGCCACGGCCACACAGACCGCGCAAUUCGCACAGCGCUCGGUGGUGGUCGAGCUUUUGCAACUCCAAAUUGGGGCGGGCGCCAAAGACCGACUGCUCGAUAGGCUUCUUGCAAUGGGGGCAGGGCGCCCGAGUGACAGGUAGCCAUCUAGUACUGCCGAUCAAAACAACUCUACGUUCAAGCAU